UUUCCUCUGCGCGGUUUAAACAAAGGGAGCUCGCCGGGCUGCGGGAGAGGUGAGGCCGGGCUUUCCCCUGGGCUGCGAGCUGCCGCCAGCAGUGCGCCGCUGGGCCCCAGGGACCUGGGCCCAAUGGCCUUUGAGACGAUCCGCCAGGGCCGGGAGCGACUCAUCGCCCUCCUUCUCACAACCCCCGAUCCCGUCUUGGACGAAGUGGCCUCGCUGGGGAUAAUCACCGAGGAGGAGUACGAGGCCUUGGAGAAGCUCGCGGAGCCCAGGGAGAGGAUCCGAAGGCUGCUGAUAAAAAUCCAGAGGAAGGGGGAGCGCGGCUGUGAGCAGUUCCUGGAGUGUCUGCAGAGCCUCUUCCCAGACUUCCCACCAGAUUUACAGCCCCCAGGACGCCGGUACGUAACUCAGACAAAUGAUGCAGAGAAUCCAGAAGAUGGCACGUCCUCCGAGAAGAACAGACAAGAAAAUCUAGAAGCUGCUGUAGCCUCAGGGAAGAAUGAGCUGGAGAAUCCAGAAAGCUCUAUAGUGCAUGUGGUGAAUGAUCUAGAGUAUCGAGACAGUCGCCUAUCCUCAGGGGACAUUGAUCUAACGAACCCAGAAGAUGCUAUGUGCUCAGAGAAGAAUGAUCCAGAGAAGCUGGAAGAACCUGAGAAGCCGGAAGCCGUGCCAUCCUCAGGGAAGGGACCGGCGACACCAAAUUCUGCCACAUUCCCAGUGAAGAACAGACCAGAAAACCCAGAAACUGCUUUACCCUCAAAGAAUGAUCCAGAGAGUCCAGAAGGUGCCAGAUGCUCUGAGAAAGAUGCAACUGCUGUGUCCUCAGAGAGAACAGAUUUUGAAGGAUCUGGAAAUAUCCCCAGCUGUGGAGAAGAGGGAAGGACUGCUGCAAUAAAAGGAAAUGUUGAAGAUGGAGCGACUCCAGACUCAGAUGUCUCCAUGUUAGAGAGCAGAGCCGAGACACCAGGAGUUGCCAUGUCGGUGGAGAGAUGCGGAGCUGAGACACCAGGACGUUCUGCGUCAGUGGACAGGAGCAGAGAUGAGGCUCCAGAGAUGUCUCCCAACAAAGUUCAUGGAGGGAGAAGAGGAGCCCUAAAAACUGUCUUGUCGAAGCUGAGGCUCAGGAAGUUCAGAAUUGGGAAACUGAGGCUGAGAGAUCUCCUGGAAAUCAGCCCGGAGAGCCUGAAGGACGGGACUCCUUACGUCUUGGGAGAUUUGCCUUGGCACUUCCUGAGAAAGCUCAUGGCUCUGAACGGGACAGCCAGAAGCACAAGCCUUGGGCAGGGGACAUCUGAUGAGGACACAAGUGAGGAUGAGGAGGGUGGAGUGAGUGGGGAUAUGUUUUCUCUAAGGGAAGAGAAGUCUAGGGCUUCUCUGCACCCCCUCGACAUUCUCUGUGCUGUUCUGUUUUGCUCAGACAGUUUCCUGCAGCAGGAGAUCCUGUCCAAAAUGUCCAUGUGCCAGUUUUCCCUCCCUCUGCUGCUACCUGCCCUCAACACCCUCAAGUGCACCCUACUGCUGUGGGCCAUGAGGGACAUUGUGAGGAAAUGGAGGCCGCACUCCCUGGCAGAGAGCAGAGGGUUCAGAGAGGAGAGCCUGGUGCUCACGUCACUGCCAACCAUUUCCUUUGUGCGGUUGGGGAGCUGCAGCUUCUCCAAGUCUAGACUCCUCAAUGAGGUUCUCAGCCCCUCCCAGCAGCACCACGAUUUCUUCAUCCAUCGGGACAUGGAGUCUGGGAACAUCCCUCGGGAAAUCGCAGAUGGACUGGUCGAGAUUUCCUGGUAUUUCCCUGCUGGGAGGGAGAAUUUGGAUCUUUUCCCAGAGCCUGUUGCAGUUACAAACCUGCGCGGAGACAUUGAGUCACACUGGCUACAGUUCAGUUUUUUAACAGAGGUCUCCUCAGCAGUGUUCAUAUUAACGGAGAGCAUCAGUGAGAGAGAAUAUGCGCUGUUAUCAUCUCUGCAGGGAUCAGCCACUAAAUACUACUUCAUUCUUAACAGUCAGGCUGGGAAAGUCAAGGAAACACUGGGACUCCUCAAUAAAUUAGCCCCACUGCUGGAUAUGAAAAAAUCACAACUUCUGGUGAAAGAGCAGAGCAACAACAAUGCAGAGCUGGUGAAAAAGCUACGAUCCACCCUACAGGGCGUCAUGAGCUCCUCUCCCAAGAGCGUGAGCGUCUGUGACAUGGCUGUGACGGCGCGGGAGCUAGGGAUCCAGGUGGAUGAAGACGAUGGAGAAUGUUGGACUGCCUUGGAGCACGUUCAAGAAAUCACCACUGAAAUACAGGACGUGGCAAAGUACAAGAGGGAAAUGCUGAGGCUCCAAGGGGAUCUGUGGAAGAACUUGGCUAAAGUGGAGAAAGAGCUGUGCCGGAUGAAAGGCCAACGGGAUGUCCCUCCGGAAGAUUAUAGAUCCCAGCUGAGAGAAAGGUGGUUGGAGCUACGCAGGCAGCAGAACCAGUGUGACCUCACCAGCGGGAUGGUUAAAUUUAUUAGUGGGAUAGGACAACUGUGUCCAGCUGAGAAGCAUCACUUCCUGAAAUGGAUGAAGUUCCACCUGGAUCACAUCGCCAGAGGGAACCUCUCUAGGCUCCGGGCUGAGUAUAAAGAAAAAUGUUGCGCUCUAGGGGAUGACACACAACAGCUGGCAGAACUGGACAAAAUAAUAUCUGCCAGCUCCUUAGGGGUGGAGCAUUUCAUGCGUGAGUUGGGGCAGUUUUACGAGGCUGAAUGCUCAAUGGUGAAAGAAGGGAACUUGGGGAACAUCCAAAGACAAUUCAUCCAUCUUCCAGGCAUAGCAGCUGACCUGAUGCUGGAAGGGUUUCCCAUGGAGCUGAUUGAUGGGGAUGCCUCCAACAUCCCACUGCAGUGGGUGACAGAUGUUCUGACUCAGCUCCAUACCAAGCUGGGGGAAAGGUCCAGAAUGGUGGUUAUAACAGUGCUGGGUGUGCAGAGCACUGGGAAAUCCACCCUCCUCAACACCAUGUUCGGCCUGCAGUUUGCAGUGAGCAGUGGCCGAUGUACGCGAGGAGCCUUCAUGUCCCUCAUUAAAGUGGCAGAGAACUUUCAGCAGGAACUGGGCUGUGAUUUCAUCCUGGUGAUAGACACAGAAGGCUUGAAAGCCCCUGAACUGGCCAAGCUGGAGGAUAGUUAUGAACACGACAAUGAGCUGGCCACACUGGUGAUUGGACUGAGUGACAUAACUAUUGUUAACAUGGCCAUGGAGAAUGCCACUGAAAUGAAGGAUGUUCUGCAAAUUGUGGUCCAUGCCUUUCUCAGAAUGGAGGAAAUCGGGCACAAACUCAACUGCCAGUUUGUGCAUCAGAAUGUCAGUGAUGUGUCUGCGCAUGAACAAAACAUGAGGGACAGGAAGCAUCUACUGGAGCAGCUGGAUGAAAUGACCAAAGCUGCAGCGAGGAUGGAAAAACAAAGCAGGGAGAUGAAAUUUUCUGACAUCAUGGACUAUGAUCCAGAGAAGCACAGUUGGUACAUCCCUGGGCUGUGGCAUGGAGUCCCUCCCAUGGCGCCAGUGAAUAUGGGAUACAGCGAGAGCGUGUGUGAACUGAAGAAAUACCUGUUUGAAUUCAUGAGGAAUCUAUCACCUCGCAGAGCCCCCAAGAACGUUCCCCAGUUCGUUGAGUGGGUGGGGAGCCUCUGGAACGCUGUGAAACACGAGAACUUCAUCUUCAGUUUCAGAAACAGCCUGGUGGCUGAGGCCUAUACCCAGCUUUCUGUGAUGUAUGCAGAGUGGGAGUGGGAUUUCCGCAAGGAGAUGCAUCUCUGGAUGUCCAAAGCAGAAACCACCAUCCAGAACCAAUCCCCUGAUGAUCUAGGUCCAGCCACCUUUGAGAAACUAAGGGUGGAAAUUCACCAGAUGCUGCACCGUGGGGAGGAGAAGAUGCUGCAGAGUCUUCAGAGCUACUUUGAGAGUGGAGCUGGAAAUCUACACCUGGUGGAGAAAUACAGAGAAGACUUUCACCAAAGCGUGACAUUUCUCCGACACGAACUGGAGAGCCAUCUGCUCUGCAAGUCUGAAGAGGCUAUUCGUAUCCAGAAAGGUCGGAGCAAGAUAGACCAACUGCAGACCAGGUACAUGAAAACCAUUGAAGGGAAGGUGGAUGGGCUCUUGCGGGACUGCAGGGAGAGGGACAAGGCGCUAAAGCCCAAUGAACUGGAAAGGGAGUUUGCCAAGAUGUGGAAGGAGACCUUAGCAGAGCUGCCGCUGGAGAGUUUACCCCUACGCCAAAUUCAUAAAGACAUCCACUACCAGCUGUGCAAGGACCUGGAGAACAGAGGGAGUUUGGUCAAGCAGAUGCUCCAUAAAGCCCAGAACUUGUUGACCUAUCAAACCAAACCGUUCUGCAUGAAGAAGGAGUAUCUGGACUUGGCUUGGUACAAAGCAGCUAUGGAGUUUAUAACGCAGCAAUGUAAGCAUGAAUUGGAAAAGUUCACAAAGUCCCUGGUGGAAGAGUGUAGGAGGUACAUUGGGCAGAGGGUCCACUCCCAAGGGGAUUAUGACCAAACCUACUGCAGGGAAUUGCUGUGGAUGAUCAAUGAGAGGCUCCAGCAGAAAGUUGCUGGGAAGAUGUGCACCAGCGCUUCUUUCGAAGUCGACUUGAAGCUUCACAUCCUGGGGGAAGCAGCCAGUGCUUUCCAGAAGAUGCACGAAGCCUUUCUCAAGAAGAACGACCCUCAGCGUCGCCUGGAGGAGCUGAGACCUCAGUAUUUCUCCACCUUCAGGGACCUUUACUAUGAGAAAGAUGCCUGCCAGAAGAGAGCUUUUGAUUUCUGUGAUCGGUGUCUGAAACCUGCCCUGUGGGAAUUUAUGAAGAAAAGACUCGGGAUUGAGAUAGUGGAUGACUUUCUCAGCAGCAGAGAGUCCAUCGAAUACGGCAGCCGGAGCUUCUUCCAGUUCACCAUGCAGAAGAAGCUGCUGGAGGAGAUGGACUUCGGUAAGUACGUGAAAUACAUCAGCAACUAUGAAGUGUUUGUCAAAUCCUGGAUCCAGACAUGUCUGUUUGAUCACUACAGAGAGACUGGGGGCUUGAGGGAGCUGGAGAAAGCAGUUUUAGCCACAAUAAUGAAGAAAAUCAGGGAUGCUCUGGAGAGUUUUGAGCACAAAGAUGCUCUCACCAUCUCUGAAUUCUUGGACCAUUUUUGCCAAGCGAUGUGCAAGGAGCUUGUCCUCUCCAAGGACAGUUUGGAGGUGAUCCUCUUCAAGAACACAGCCAGCGUCAGGCAGUUCUCAGUUGACAUCCAGAUCUUCCUUGCCCAGGUGGAAGAUGGCAUCCUCUCAGAGUGGGAAGAGCUGAACGGGGAAAUGGUCUUCACACAGCUCCAGUUCAAGCCCCAGGAUGAGAUCUUCAAGCGCGUUUUCGGCUGUGGGAAGCAGUGUCCGUUCUGUAACGUCCCCUGUGAAGCAGGAGGCAGCGACCACAAGGAGCAUUUUGCAUCAGUGCAUCGGCCUCAAGGGCUGGGAAGAUACAGGUAUGAGACAAGCAAGAGACUUACAUAUUCUCUAUGCUCCUCUGACGUGGUUUCUUCAAUGUUAUUUAGAAAUCUGCACACAGGCUUCCAAUGGCAUCCCUACAAAGAUUAUCGCCAGUUCUACCCCACCUGGCGCAUUCAACCGGACCCCAGCAUCAACGCCUCCGAUUAUUGGAAAUUCAUAUUCAGAAAGUUCAAUUACCACUUUGCCAAAGAGUACAAUGCAGAGCCUGCUGAUCUCCCCAUAGAGUGGAAUAAAAUAACCAAGAAGCAGGCUCUGCAGAGCAUCCGAGAGGCCUUUAACAUGGAAUAGAGGCUGGCUUUCUGCAUUAUGAUAUGGUCUUUAAUUCCAUAACAAAGUACUGUCAGUCCUAAUCCUGGCAUCUUGUUACUUCCUAGGGCUUGAUUUUGCCACCUGAAGGUUCCUUUAAUGUAAUUCAUUGUGUGUAAUUGCCUAGGCUUCAAAAAAAAAAAAAAAUUGAAAAACAAAACAGUUCCAUCGUGUGACAUCAUAUUGACACCUCCAUAUCUCCUCAGCAGGGCUUGAACCUUUAGAUGCCCCCCACACACACCUCUGCAGUUAAGCUAACC